AAGUCAAAGCUCGCAUUAAACAACUAAAUGGGAAUAUUGGUGUAAAAACAAAUUAUUUAUAUGCAGUAUGAAUUUGUUCAAGAUAAAUUUUAUAUCAACUUGUACAAAGGAAUUUACGUUGGUGUAAAACUGGCUUACAACGUCACUUAUGUAGGUUAUGUCGUUAAAGUGAUCACAAUCCAGUUCAAAAGCAAAUAACAGUCCAAUUGUGACAAUAAAAAUGAGUAAUGUGAGGAUAUUAGUGUAAAAUUAAUUGUGCUUCCCUAAAAAUAUGGCCGAGAAUAAAUCAGUUUUAGAAUGGACUACACAAGAGACAGCGUUAAUGUUAUUAAAGGAAGAUUUUAGUGAAAAUUCAGUGCAUUUUUUGUGUCACGAAAAUAAAUUGAAUGGAAAAUGUUUGCUAGUACUAAACGACCAAGACUUCACCACAGAACCCCUAGUUAAAUUGCCUUUAAGGGACAGAAAAUAUUUGUACAUCUAUUGUAAAACAUUGCAGAAUAAAAACCAAAACAUCCUCACUGACUUGGGACUGUUAGAAUCACCUCACAUGAGUCUUUAUUCAGGACAUCACAGUUUCAAACAAGAUAGUGAAUAUUGUGAGUCUGAACGAAUAUCACCACCAAUUUCAGAAGAUGGAAGAUCACAAAAGCUGCCUCCAGAAAAAUUAAAAGCCUUUCUUAGUUUUUUGUAUGUUGUUUUUGUUACAUGGAUUACAGCCUUUGUUAUGGUUAUUGUGCAUGAUAGAGUACCUGAUAUGAAAAAGUAUCCACCAUUGCCAGAUAUAUUUUUAGAUAAUGUGCCCCAUAUUCCGUGGGCUUUCGACAUGUGUGAAGUUACUGGAACAGUUUUAUUCACUAUUUGGUUAAUAGUCUUGCUGUUCCAUAAGCAUAGGUUCAUAUUGAUGCGGCGGUUCUUCGCCUUGUCAGGCACUGUGUUCCUCUUGCGCUGCGUCACAAUGCUGAUCACGUCGCUCAGCGUACCCGGCGCCCAUUUACAGUGCGAACCCCGCAACCAUCCCUCGUCCAUGGGCGGCCUCUUCGGCGAUCUGCGCACCAAAAUCUCACAGGCUUACGUCAUAUGGAGAGGCGCCGGCAUGUCCAUACAAGGCGUACGCACCUGCGGCGACUACAUGUUCAGCGGUCACACCGUCGCACUGACCAUGCUCAAUUUCUUUAUUACCGAAUAUACACCAAGUUAUAUAUAUUAUCUGCAUACGCUCUCCUGGAUGAUGAACAUGUUCGGUAUUUUCUUCAUCCUCGCAGCGCACGAACAUUACUCCAUCGAUGUGUUCGUCGCGUUCUACAUCACGAGCAGACUGUUUUUGUACUAUCAUACGUUAUCGAACAAUCAGGCCCUCAUGGCACGCGAUACCACCAGGACGAAAGUGUGGUUUCCUUUGUACUCGUACUUCGAGGCCGGCGUCGAGGGAAUCGUGCCAAACGAAUACGACGGCCCGAAAGACAUAGUUUCUAAUUUGUUCGAGUUCGCUAAGCAAUUGGUGUCGAAUAUCAGAGAAUUGCAUACGAUACUCGCUGCCAAAAGCACAUCGGCCACGUCACAAAUGAUGGAAUCCGUAAUGUGUAAAUUGUGUCCAUCUACAACAAUUUUAUUUUGAUGUUGGCAUUAAGGGGUAACAAAAUAAAUGGGUAUAUUUAUCUUCCAUUCACGAAAUCUUUAAAAAUUUAAAUUGUGUUUAAACCCGUGCAUAUAAACAAAAUAAAGUGGUUGUUAUUUUUAGGAUAAUCCUGAAUGAUUCCAUGUAAUUUUAUUGUCUUCCGGAGCCAUUCAUUUAAAGUGACAAUCUUUAUUUUUUAGUAAAUAUGUUCAUUAAAAAGAUAUUUAUACGAAUAUAUUUUCUUUUUGUAUGUGGUCCAUUGUAAUAUGCUCAAUAACUUAUUUGAAAAUGGUCUAUUAAGUUAAUAAAAAUAUAUUUGUUAUUUAGUUUAAGUAGAAUUUUAACUUUCCAUUUUAAAAACUUCCAUUUUCCGACAAAUUUUAAAUAACUUCCUAUAAUUAUCUAUAUUAUUUUUUACAAAUGAGGCAUAGUCUGAUUUACAAAAUUAUCCUCAUUAAAUUAUACCUUAUAUUAUACCUAUUUAUUUUCCAUAUAAUCUAAAUUAAAAGAUGUGAUAAAUAUUGUAUUUAUACUUUUGUUGACAAUGUUAUUAUUUAUUUAAUAUUUUAAAUAUUAUUUAGUUUUUCAAAAUGGGUUUUUUUAGUUUUCAUCAACCUGCAUGUAUUAUUAGUUAAUUCUAGCAGAGCAAACGCGUUUUAAGUUGCUUAUUAUUUAGAGAAAUGAAGUUAAAACAAAAUGGUAAAAUUGGAUAGGGAAAAGAUAUAUAAACUGUUAACGUUUAAUAAUAUCCAAAGAAAAAUGUAUAGCUGUAUACCAUUGAUUAUUAUUAAUAUUUAUAAAUAAAUUACAUUGUUUAUUGGUACAAAACACCCUUCCUCAUAAUAAAGACAAAAAAUUAAGUAUGUUGUACAUUGACUGUUUCACAAUAUAUGAAUAAAAAUUAAUAUAAAAAUGUUUUUUUAUGUAUUUACUCAUGUAACAAAUGAUACCAAAUAUUUAGUAUUGUUGUUUAAUUUAAGUUUGUUAUUUAAUAAAUAUUUUUAUACUUUGAA